GGUGCGCGUGCGCUCAGCGCGUUUUUACCGCAGUGUCUCUGGAUUAGUGCGCGGCGCUGCGGCACUCCGCUCGGUUCUCAACAGGAAGAGCGAGAAAAAGCGACCGAACAGCGUCCGUGAGCACCAGCCGUUCCAUCGUGAUUAUUCCCAGCGGUUAUCAAAGCGGCGCGCACCGGAGACAUGGCCAAAGACGACGAGAAGAAGGAAUCCGGGGAAUGGAAGGAAUUCUUCUGGAACCCGCGGACGCACGAGCUGCUCGGGAGAACGGCGAGCAGCUGGGGUCUGAUUCUGUUGUUCUAUCUGGUAUUCUACACGUUUCUGGCCGGCAUGUUCUGUCUCACCAUGUAUGUCAUGCUGCUGACGCUGGAUGAUUAUAAGCCCACUUGGCAGGAUCGUCUGGCUACACCAGGCAUGAUGAUUCGGCCAAAAGGCGAUCCUCUAGAAAUCGUUUAUAAUGUGGAGAAAACAGAGAGUUGGGAUUCAUACAUUCAGGCUUUGGACAACUUCCUUGCACCCUAUAAUGACUCUCAGCAGGCGAUGAAGAACGAUGCCUGCAUCCCGGAUCAGUUCUUCAUCCAGGAGGACAGCGGCGAGGUGCGCAACAAUCCCAAACGCUCCUGCCAGUUCAACCGCACCAUGCUGGGGAGCUGCUCCGGACUCGAGGACCGCACAUACGGAUACCAGGACGGAAAACCCUGUGUGCUCAUCAAACUCAACCGGGUGAUUGGGCUGCGGCCAAGUAAUGACGGAAAGUCUCCAAUCGUCUCCUGUUUAGCAAAGGCUCAGAAGAUGGCUCAGAUGAAUGAAACCACUCCUGCAGUCGAAUACUUCCCUCCAAACGGAACCUUCAACCUCAUGUACUAUCCAUACUACGGCAAGAGAGCACAGGUGAAUUAUUCUCAGCCCCUGGUGGCUGUGAAGUUCACAGACAUCUCUUUCAACACGGACUUCAACGUGGAGUGUAAGAUCAACUCUAGCACUCAGUUCAAGAUCAGCGAAAGAGACAAGUUCGCCGGCCGCGUAAUCUUCAAGCUGCGCAUCAACAAAGCGUAGAGCAACUGCAUCUGCCACACACACACACACACGCACACACACACACACACACAGGAGAUGGUAGGAGUCAUUCAUAUCUCAAAGUGUUCAAUGUAUUUGUCCGUCCCCUUUCUCCUGUCUACACGAUGGUUUCUCUCUGUGUGUGUGUGUGUGUGUGUGUGUGUGUGUCUUUCUAUCUCUGUGUGUUUUGAGUACUCUUGACUGUCGUCAUAUCCAGCUGAUAUCGUUCCAAAGUGAAAUCAAGAGAGCAGGAAAACAUCAUCAAGCCUUUCUAGAUCUCUAGACACAAUCAUCACGAACAAUCCAGUGAAUUCAGAGGGACCACAAUCAUCCAAAACCUGCCAAGAAAUUAUAUUUCACAUAAAGAAAAUUGUGCUCCCGAAAUAUGGGAAAAUAACAUUGUGAUGUGAAAAAUCUAAAAUAGGCUUCAUUUUCUGUAUGCAAAAUAUAAUUUCUUACCUUUUUCUUUUGAUAUCAAGCUAAAAUGUGACCUGGAUUCACUCGUUUGGUCUAUAUAAUGGCUUUUAUGUUACUGAGCGUAUAACACAAAUUAGGUAAAAUCUGGUCAAAUUCAGGAUCAUUCAUGAAAUAAAAUCUGUAGAAAUGCGCAUACAUGAUCAAUUAACAAACAGAGCCAUAAAAAUCGUCACAGACUGUAAUCGACUCAUAUCUGUCACAUAUCUUUCUCUUAACUUGAUAUCUGUUUUAUCUAUUUAUUUAUUUAUUUAUUUAAGGUAUAAGGUACAUUUAUAAUGUUAUUCAUGUAUUUAUUUAUUAUCGGAUUUGUGGUUUUUAUUUUUUAUAUACAUAUGACAACGUUUGUGAAGACACUUUUGUAACACUGUAAUGUUCACGAACGCACACACACACACACACACACACAAGCGAAGUUAAACUGAAACAAUUGGCUGACGUUCUGCACAUGCUCAGUUUGCACUCGACGACCGACACAUUAGCCAAUCAGCUUCAAGCUGCGCCAAUCAGUUCGCCAUUAAUUAAUUUGCCCAAUCGACUGAUCACAUGUAUCGUCCAGAACGGUUCGACCCAUCUUUCUAAACGUGUACACAGCAAUACCUUCAGGUCCGUGAGUGUACUGUUAAUACUUGUAAAUAAUGCCAAAUCUGAAGUAGUUAACGAAGAGAGUAGUUACGAAGAAAAGCGUGAAAAAAAAAAAAAAAAAAAUUCAAUGACGAUUAAAAUUUGCCAAUCCAAGUAGAUGAAUGAACAAAUGUGUUUUCUUCCCAAAAAGUGUUUUUUUAAAUUAAUUUGUUGUUGAGCACAUCAUGGGUUAGCACCCGUUAGCACAGCGGAAAUAUGACGCAAACAUUAGCUGCAUAUGUUUCUGGAAACUUUAGUUCGUUUCUUCUUAGCUUUGGUAGAAUCUUAGAUUUUUAUCAUGUGAUUUGACAUUUGGAUGUUCAAGGGGAUUCGAGUCGAACGGACAAGUCAGACUCCUGAUUUGAGAGCGAGACAUUAGCGUAGUGCUUAUUAGCGAACCACUAGCCUGCCGUCGUCGACGCGCGGGUGGCCUGUCUGUGUUUAUUUUUUCUUUUGUGUUCCUUCAUUCCGCCCCCAGUAGUGAAUGUGCCGUGUUUCUAUUGGGUUACUGCCACAGUGUUGUGCGUUUGAAACAUUGGAGGGUGUGUGUUAGAAAAGUGUGUGGGGAAAAAAAUAAAGAGCCAAACGCGGCCAAACUUUGAAAUUAACGUCACUAGUCCAUCCGUCGCACAUCAGCACACAACUUACAGCCUGAUGUUGGGAUCGGUUCAAUGUUUACACAGAGCAGUGACUAAUAACUAGCUAAACUUACGCUGCCUGCCGUACGUUUACUACGAUUUACUUCACGUGUGCUGCCUGACUGCUCUGCGUCACGGAAUAGAUUUUAUAUGUUUUUAAGAUACGGUAAAUCGAAUUAUUGCACAUUAUUUCCAACUUCUGUACUUUAGACGCAGCAGCGAUGCAUAUUAGCAUGUCGCUGCACCGAGCGUUUGUAUACCGCGUGUGUAGAUCACGCACAUUAUUCAUACGGUUUAUUCAUUUCCGUAAGACGAAAAAUCAAGCAGACAGGAAUUUGGGACAUCAUUACCAUGGAAACAGCACAUGAAGUCAUCAGUGAUCUCACUUGUUAAGUCGUGGUCAUGUGGUCACGUUGCUCAGUGCGAAUUUUGCAGACGAAAUCAUUUCAAUAGUUUCGCACAAUGCCGAAUAAAAUGCUGACCAUCAGAAAGCUAUGGAAGCCUAUUUCCACCACGUAAGAAAAACAAUCAAGCUUUGGUCAUAUCAGAUGAAAUUAUGACUUUCAGUGUGGUAAUCAUGAAUUUAAUAGUUUAAAUUGAGAUAAAAUCGAAAAUUAUUAGAAGAAUCGGAAAAAAUCGAAUCACUUUGAUUUAGUCAGUUUCGACUUUAUCUCAUAAUCAUGACUACGUCGUAAUUUCAACUUUUGAAGUCGAUUAAUAUUGGCUUUUUAUAUCAUGACUUUUUAUGUCAUAAUUUUGAUAUAGUAUCUCAUAAUUGACUUAGUAUGUCAACAUAGAGUCAUAAUUUCAACCUUUCGUCUCAUAAUUGUGACUUACAUCAGUGUUGGCUUUUUAUCUCAUAAUUACGACUUAAUAUGUAAAUUUUGACUUUAAGUCAGAAUUUCUACUUUUAAAGUCAGAAACUUAGGUUUUCGUCUCAUAAUUAUGAAUUUCUAUAUAAAUGGUGACUUUUAAAGUCAUAAUUAUGACAUUACAUCAUAAUUAAAUUUUUUUUAAAUCUCAUAUUCAACUUAGUAUGUCAAUUUUGACUUUUAAAGUCAUAAUUUCAACUUCUCGUUUUAUGAUUAUGAGCUUUUGGCAUAAUUAUGACUUUAAGUUAUAAUUCCAACUUUUUAUCUCAUAAUUACGACUUAAUAUGUAAAUUUUGACUUUAAGUCAGAAUUUCUACUUAUAAAGUCAGAAACUUAGGUUUUCGUCUCAUAAUUAUGAAUUGCUAUACAAAUGGUGACUUGUGACUAUGUCAAUUUUGACUUUUAAAGUCAUAAUUUCGACUUCUCAUUUCAUGAUUAUGAGCUUUUGGCAUAAUUAUGACUUGAAGUCAUUAUUUCAACUUAUAAAGUCAUAAUUCCAAAUUUGUAUCUCAUGAUUAUGACUUGCAAAGCAUGAUUUGUUUUUCUUACAUGGAAGAAAUGGGCUUCCAUAAAAAGCGAACUGAUUUUUAAGUGACUUUGGUGUUUUUUGCCUGCAAAAUUUCACAAGUGUGACCUCACAUUUACAGCUUCAAUCACGCCUACACGCUUCGGACAAUAUCAACGAUGACACGGCGACAAACACGUGCUUACACAAACAAUGGCAAUGACAAACACACCUGCGCUACGAGAACCUCAUUCGAGAGCUUUCCACUCACACACACACACACACACACACACUCACUGACGGCACCGUUGAGCUCUUUGUCCCCGUCUGUGUUUCUCUCCAAACCAAUAACGCGACACGCUCGUCACUUUGAGUUCUCGCCGGAUGACUUAUAUAGCUUACAGACUCAUCCCGGUUUCUCAUCUGUCCUUCAUUGUGAGACGGUGUCUUAUUCUUUCUUCACUCUCUGUAAAAACACUGCUCAGAAACUAGAUGUAUCUUAUUAAAUAUCCUGAAUAUACUGUUAUAUAUUGCCUGACAUGAAAAUUGUGAAACUUAUAUUCGAAAAACAAAUGAUUAUCGUUAUAAAUGAAAAAUGGAAACAGGAAAUAAAAACAUUUUGUGUUUAACAAACA